AUGAGUUGUAGCCACCCAGAUAAAAACCAAACUCAGGACAGUCAGGUCAACCAAAGGCUUGAUCAGUCGGCCUUGGGCUAUGACCCAACCCUAACGUCGAGUGAAGCAGCCUCUCUCCCUCACGAGAUCCUUACUCCGGAAAACUCUGCGGCCCUUGCCCAGAAUAUACAAGUGCAGAAUGUCAGCAGAGAUUCGAGAAAGAUAGUGACAUUCGGCUCAACAGAUCCUAGCAAUCCGUACAACUGGUCGACCGGGAAGAAGAGCUAUAUUACUUUUGCUGGCAUCGUGAUGGUUAUCAACAGUACACUGGAGUCAUCAUUACCAAGCGGUGCAAUUCAAGCCAUCACAGAGUACUUCAACGUUACAAGUCAAAUACAAUUUCCUCUACCUAUAUCCUGUUUCAUCGCCGGAUACACCAUCGGACCUACGCUUGCAGCACCACUUUCAGAAUACCAUGGGAGGAAGUAUGUCAUGCUAGGAUUCUUCCUCCUAGCUACAAUAUCGACUUUGGCUUGUGCUGUUGCACCCAAUUGGCCGGCCCUGCUCAUCUUUCGAUUUCUGUCAGGUUUGGGAGCAUCAGGCCCAAUCGGAACUGUUGGAGGUCUUUAUGCCGAUAUCUACAGUGAUCCGCAAACGAGAGGGUCCGCAAUGACAUGGUUCAUGAUUGCAACAACCGGCGGUCCCGUCAUUGCACCUCCUAUUUCAGGAUUCAUCGCAGCGAAGAGUUGGCGCUGGGUGUUUGGAUUUGGCACCUUGCUUGCGACUGCUAGCAUUCCCUUGAUCCUUGUGAUGCCAGAGACAUACGGACCAGUCUUGCUUAGACGCAAAGCCCAAAAACUUCGGGAAGAGACUGGUGAUCGCGAAAUCUUCUCCAAGUCUGAGCUUGAGCAGCGCAGUCUUCACCACAUCUUGACUGUUGUUAUGACACGACCUUGGCGCAUGUUAUUUCAAGAAGUUAUUGUCAUGUGUGUCUCCGCUUACUGUGCCCUUGCGUAUGGAAUAUUUUAUCUGUACUUUCAAGCUUAUCCCAAGAUUUUUCAAGGACCGGAUUCAGUCUACAAAUGGUCUCCCGGGGUCGCUGGUUUGGCUUUUCUUCCAAUUGGACUUGGGGCGAUCUGCGCAGCACCUGUUUAUAUAUGGUGGAACUCAGUGUUGAGAAGGGCACGGAAACAAAAUUCUCCCUGGACCAAGCAAGAGGAGUAUAAUAGGUUACCGCUUGCCUGCAUCGGAGGGCCAAUGUUCGUCAUUUCACUAUUUUGGAUUGGCUGGAGUGCUAAACAAAACGUGCACUGGUUGGCUCCUGUUAGCUCUGGAGUCCUGUGGGGACUUGGCUUCUUGCUGAUAUUCCUGGCUUUGCUCAACUAUCUGACCGACGCUUAUGAGACGUUUGCAGCAAGUGCUCAAUCCAUCGCGAGUACAUGUCGAAGUGUCUUCGGUGUUGUUUUACCGCUGGCUUCAUCCCGCAUGUUCGAGACCCUUGGGAUUGCUUGGGCCUGCAGCUUACUUGCUUUCCUUAGCCUAAGCAUGGUGGCAAUUCCAUUUGCCUUCAUCCGGUUCGGUAAUACUAUCAGAGCCAACAGUAAAUUUUGUCAACAGUUGAAAGACCUCAAAGUGAAGGAGGCCGCUGAACAGGAGGAGCGAGAGAGGAACGAAUUGCAAUUGAACACGGAUGGGAAUUCUGCAAAUGGCGAGAAAGUGCCAGACGGUUUGGUUUGA